AUGCCUGGUAUUCGUUUGUUUGGUCGACGAUUUGGUUUUGCUUCCGAUGACUUAACAAUUCCAUCAUUAAUUGAUAUUUUCAUUCGUUUUCCAUCAUUAAUUGCAUUUAUCGUUUUCCGUGUCAAAGAUGUCAAAGAAUCAUGGGGCUGCAAUUCUGCCAUAUUUUACCGCGGUUACUUCUAUCCAUUAUUAUCUUGUUAUAUCUCAAUUAUUCUUACACAAACGUUUAUUGUUUAUUUCAGUUUAAAAGGCACGCCAGUGACUAAUGUUCAUCCACGUCGAUUUAUUCCCUAUUUAAUCUAUAUACGUUUAUUAUUAAUCAUCGCUGAUAUUAGUGUAAAUAUUGUUGGUUUAAUUAUUAUUGUAAAAGCGUUUUAUUCAUGUGGUAUUUUUCUAAAAACCACAAUAAUUGUUUCGAUUGCACUCAGUUGGAUGGUAUUCACUGGUAUAUCGAUUAUGUUUCUUUUAUUUGUUGAUUUAUCAGGAUUUUUAAGUCCGGAGAAAAAGUGGGAAUUACGUUUAAAAUUUAUUUUUUGUUGUGGUCGACCAUAUGGUAAUGAAAAUAGUAGUAUUCGAAAUAUAAUAACAACAUUGAAUAGUUUAUUUGAGGACGAACAAUUUGACUAUGUUCCAUCGGAUCUUGCUGCAGGACUAAUUUUAUUACAACAAGAAGAUGUUUAUGAACGACGUUCAUUGAAUAUUACCAAAAUACCUCCAAUUGAGUUAUUGAAGGAAGGUCAUCAAUAUGCAACCUUAGAAUAUUUAUUGACAGCACAAUCACCCGUCUUAUUGUAUGCUAAUUUUAUGGGUGCGUUUCAUCGAGCGCCAUUUUUUGUCGCGGCAGAUAAAGAGAAAAAAGCCAUUAUUAUUUCGAUCAGAGGCACACUGAGUCCUGCUGACAUUUUAACAGAUAUAAACGCUGUUGAAAUAGCAGUAAAGACUGAAACACUUGGUACUGGUUAUUGUCAUAGUGGUAUGCAUUUGGCAGCAUCUUUUAUCAUUGAAGAUAUCGGAAACAAAUUAGACGAAUAUUUUCUGAAAUAUCCAGAUUAUACUCUUGUGUGCUGUGGAUAUUCGUUAGGAGCAGGUGUAGCAGCCAUUUUGAGCAUAUUAUACAAGAGUAAAUACCCGUCUGUCAAAUGCUAUGGUAUUGGGAUGCCUGGUAGUGUUAUGUCUCGAAAUCUGGCACUUAAAACAGAAGAUUUUAUAUUUUCAUUUAUUGUUGAUGUCGAUCUAAUUACUCGUGCUUCACUCAGUUCUUUGGAGUAUUUGAGAAAUCGUAUUGUUACUGCAUUAAACACUUGCCAUAAAUCGAAACUAACUGUAUUAACAAAAACAUUAUUUAAAACGGCCAUUAAAUCUCAACGAACAUUUUAUGAUGAUCAACAAACAAUACAUUCGGCGGUCACACAACAUGAAAUAGUGUCGAUGCCAUCUGAAGAUGAAACUACUUCAACAACACAUAUGAUCCAAUCACCAUCUGUGAUAUUUUCUCAAUCAGAACGUUUAGUAUUACCUGGUACAAUUGUUCAUCUUUAUUCAACUGAUAGUAUUACAUUUUACACUCAAAAAAUAUCUUACAAUGCACGUUUAGCAAAUUACGAUGAAUUUUUCAAUAUUAUCGUUCAUCCACGAAUGAUGAUCGAUCAUUUUCCAUCGUCUUAUAAAACUGGAUUGCAAGAUUGUGUUGAAAAUUAUGAACGUGGGCGAUUAAGAUUAAUGAUGGCUGAAGCUAUUAAUACACCAGUAAAUACAUUACAAACAUUGAACAAUCAAUGUUUUUGA